GUCAGGGGGUUAUCAGGGUUUACGCUUACGUUGGUUUACCUUUUUUGGGUUAUUGAUAUUUUAAUGUUUAUAGAAUUGUGCACAUAUAAGAACACCCAGUGUACUUAUAUCAGCAUUAAGAAAGGUGGUGCUUUUUUACCCUAAACAAUGACCAAGUAUAACUACUGCAGUGUUCCAAAGUGUCGGAACGAGGGUGGACAUCGAUUUCCAAAAGACGAAGCUUUGAGAAAAAAGUGGAUAGUGGCAAUAAGGAAAAGAAAGUACAUCCAAAAUUGGAUUCCACGCGAACAUAGCCGCAUUUGCAGAAAACAUUUCAAGAGGUCCGAUUUUUUGAAAGCAUCCAAAACUGGUACUCCGCUGGCAAAAAAACGAUUAAAACCGGGAACUAUUCCUUCGGUAUUUGAAUGGACGAAAGUGAAAAGCAUAAGUUCCUCAGCACCGAAAAAGGUGACAUUAGCCCCCAGGAAGCUUGUCGCAAAGCCCAAAUGUAAAAGCAAACCCCUGACUUCCUCACGAUCAACUUCGUUCUUGAAAAGUAAAACUGCGACUGAAAUUUCCAAGUCAAAGGGGUGUGCACGAGCACAAACUUUUUUCCCCAAGGACAGAAGUAAAAUUGUAACUCAGAUGAAGGAACCUGCCUUCACCAAGGCGAAGAGCAAAAGUGAAGUUGCACUGACAAAAGAAAAAAGUAUCCGAAGGGAUGAGAGUGAGGACAUAAGCAAUUGGAAAUACCGAGUAAUACGGAAAGAGUCAUUACAUUUAGAGGAAAUUCUAGGGAAAAUAGAGUACGUUUUUAGCUUACAAGACUUCAAUGGUCGGGAACUGGAAGGAAAAGAAUUAGAAGAGAUUAUUUCUACCUUCCCUCCUCUAAAGCCACCGAACCAAAUUCUUCCUUUAAGAUCACCGCAUCGUCGUUCAUUAAGAAAUAUUAAAACAUGAGAAUCCAAGACUCAAUUUAGCUUUUCUGGAUGAUUACCAGAGAAAAUUUCGUAAAGAUUGAAUGGAAAUGAAGGGCAGAAGGGGUAUGAUGUUCUAGUAUUCUAGUCAACUGGAAACGAGUUCAUCUUCCAUUUUUUAGAAAUAGUAUUUCGUUUGCUCAUUCCAUUACAAAGUAAGGAUUUAGGAAAUGAUUGCAUUAUAUCGAUUUUUAUAUCAAUUUACUUGCCAAGAAGAAAGUUUUUGAUACAUUUUGCUUUACGAUGCCUUUUUGGUAAUUGUUAUAUAUUCUUAAGGAGAUCCAUGACGACUGUGUUCUUCAAAUAUUGAUAAAAGUAUCGUUAGUCGAAAAUAUUAGAUAGCUUUAUUUAGAGCUAGUUUAUACAAUUUAGAGAUACUUAAUUAUGCUUUUAUUGAACUAAAUUAAUGAAUACAGAUCAUUUAUAGUUUACUUUUAGUUAUUAAUUUUUCUCUUUAUAAAGAAUUUUUUUAUUGGUUAAGAGUAACGGAAUUUUUAUGUAAGCCUCGGAAGCUUUUAUGUUUAUAAUCAUAUCAACUGAUAAGAUUCAAAAAAAUCAUUUCGAAAUUGUAUGAUAUAUUUUUUCAUGAAAUCCUAUUUUAUACAAAUUAAUCUUAGUGAAACUUUAUUAGGAAAUUGUAGAAAAGCUUUUUUAUAUUAGGUUGUUUGAAACGGAAUUGAACGAAAUUUCAUGAAUAAUUGGGAUAAUUAUAAGCAGUAGGCAAUACGAUUUUGUUUGGAAGUUUUCCAAGAGGAAGUAUUUCCAGGAAUUGGGAUAAAUUUGAAAAAUAUUUAACUGAUUUUCAUUCAGUGUUUCAUAGAAAAAAGAAUGCUUCCAAGAUCGGGUUUUCUGUGUUUAUUGGACUGUGAGAGUCUUUUAAAGUAUAAUAAUUUUAUGAAUAUCGCUCACGAAGGUACCUAUAAUUUUGUAAGCAGUAUUUUAAGUACCUGGUUGUUUUGUACUUAUUUGUCUCAACAGUAUCAAGUUAUUAUGUAAUAAAUUUUUUUUAUUGAAAUUAAA